AUGAAGCACAUUCGCUGUUCCGGGACACCAUAUGAGAUUGGUCAGCAACAUGGUCGCGAGGCCAAGGACGAAAUCAGCGGCAGUAUCGCCUUCUACUCGGCAUUUUUCAAGUCACGAACAAAGCUGUCAUGGCCGGAAGUGCGUGAUGUAGGACGAGGCUUUCUGCCGUUCCUGGAAUCGUCCUAUCCCGAAUAUGUCGAGGAGAUGCAAGGAGUGGCCGAUGGGUCUGGAAAGGAUCUCGAGUCCAUCAUCGCCUUGAACGUUCGCACGGAGAUCGCUUAUGGGAUGCUGAGUGAUGGAUGUACAGCCUUGUCCUGGAAGACUUCUGACUCGAGUUUCCUGGCACAGAAUUGGGACUGGAAUUUCGAGCAGACUCCUAAUAUCAUCAGUUUGCAUAUUGACCAGGGAGGAUCCAAGCCGACCAUUCACAUGAUGACAGAGGCAGGUCUGAUCGGGAAAAUUGGAUUGAAUUCGGCUGGAGUGGGUGUUACUCUCAAUGCGAUUCAAGCACCGGGAGUAUCAUACAGCAAGAUCCCAUGUCAUCUUGCACUCCGCACAGUGUUGAACAGUUCUUCCAGAGCAGAGGCUGAAAACGCUUUGCGAAAGUUUGGGGUGGCAUCAGCUUGUCAUAUCACUAUUGCAGAUGGCACCACUGGGGCCAAUGGUUUUGAAUGCACGGCUUUCGAUAUCGUGGAGAUGCCACAGAACUCAGAUGGAAUUUGCACACACACGAAUCAUUUGGUGGAAUCACAUAAAGUGGAAGGUACCCUGUUCUUGAACGACUCGCCGGUCCGACUGGAUCGAAUCCGAGAAUUGAUCAAACGCAUGGACAAGCCGACAGCUCAAAACAUCGGGGAAGCUUUGAAGGACGAGCAGAAUUUCCCAGUGGCAAUCAAUCGAGCGGUAGGAGAGAAGAGUACCAGCCAGACAUUGUUUUCUAUCGUUAUGGAUCUUCAAGCAGGCUCCGCGAAAGUCAAGAUGGGUCGACCCACGGAGGCCGGAGAAGUCUUUGAAUUGAAGCCAUGA